GCUCGGGUACCAUAGGGCGGGGUAGGGGCACCCGCGGUCGCCAUGGCCACCGAGCCCGCGGCCGCGGAAGCUACUGUGCCGUCGCUCGUGGAUCGUUACUUCACUCGCUGGUACAAAGCCGAUGUCAAAGGCAAACCCUGUGAGGACCACUGUAUACUACAGCACUCCAACCGAAUAUGUGUCAUCACAUUGGCAGAAUCUCAUCCAGUUCUUCAAAGUGGAAAGACAAUUAAAAGCAUCUCCUAUCAAAUCAGUACCAACUGUAGCCGACUUCACAACAAGGUCUCUGGGAAAUUUAAACGGGGGGCACAGUUUCUAACAGAGCUUGCACCUCUGUGUAAGAUUUACUGCUCCGAUGGAGAAGAAUACACCGUAUCUAGCUGUGUUAGAGGACGGUUGAUGGAAGUGAAUGAAAACAUUCUCCAUAAGCCAUCUAUUCUUCAAGAGAAGCCAUCCACCGAAGGCUACAUUGCGGUUGUGUUGCCCAAAUUUGAAGAAAGUAAAAGCAUAACGGAAGGGUUACUGACACAGAAACAGUACGAAGAGGUUCUGGUGAAGCGCACGAAUGCCCCGACAGCCACAUCAUGAGGACUGCCGCGGGGAACGAGUAUCACGGCUUCCCCCUCCCUGCCUCCGCGAUCCCUGCUCUAGAGAAGAACCAGCACAAGGGACGCCGGCGUCACGCCCGCCGUCCGCAGAGAGCCCGGAUCGUCCGCUUCACCUAGUUUCCCCUCUUCGUCUUGCAUAACAAGACUUUGUUCCCAUUUUGUACUCGCCUCCCAGAUCCUCCCUGCCCACAUACCCACUCUGUUCUUUUGCUUUUCUAAAACUGGCAAGCAAGGAUGUUUUUGAUUAAAAACAAAGCACUUUGAGGAAACUUUGGACAAGACAGAAAAGUUUUCAGUAGCAAAGUAAAAAUAAUUUACCCAUCAUCCUGUAAUCUAUUGGUAAAUAUUACAUUUUGACGUGCUUCGGUUUGAAUGUUAUGGCAUGGUUAUCGUUUUUUGCCUCAAUUUUCCCUUAGUUUGAAGUUUAAAAAAAAAAAAUCAGGUCUUUUUUUACCCAGUCUACUUCCGAGUGACGCUACCAAAAAGGCCAGUGCCACUUCUGCUGCCCCAGCUCUUGUCCCCUUAGGUCGCAGGGGAGAGACAGAGGAUACUUGCCUGCUCCUUGUGCGGUUCAGAUGGUCUUUCUCUCUGAAAUGAAGUCCAGCGUAACACUGUGGCUUCUUAAAUGAGGGAAACCGUAAAAGGCUUUGAAAACUACAAAGGGCUUUCCCAGCAUGGAAGUAUUCUGAUGCGGUGUAAGGCUGCUAAUUACAGCACAUACAGGGUAGCCGCUCAGCCUCAACACUCUUGCUAUGGGGCAGCCAGCCCAGAAGUUAAGGGCAAGUCGCCAUAAUCCAAAGAUACAGAUGCCUUUGAAUGGAACAAAAACUUUCACGUCAUCUAAACUGAAAAUGGAACUGAUUUAUAAGAUUGUCUACUCAUUUACAUUGAAUUUCAAAUAAAAGGGCUUUUUUAAAUUGUUAUUUUUUUCCGUAAAGGCUGCAACAUGUGUACAUUUAAAUAUCUGUGUAAAUAAAGCAGAAGAUGUAAUUUAAUACAGA